AUGAAUUUAGGAAUACGGCCAUUUGCCAAUGUUCUUGUUGCGGAUUUUCUUAGGGAUGUUGAACGAGAUGCAGAAUUCGCACGACAAGAAUUUCGUCGUCCAUUGGAUCCUUUUGAAUUACCCGAUCAUCAAUUUGUUCAAAUUUAUCGUCUUAAUAAAGAAAUGGUGGACAAUAUAAUUGAUGGAAUGGAAAAUUUUGUACCACAAAGAAGAGUUUCAGCAAUUGAUGUUUCUACAAAAGUUUUAACAGCAUUGCGGUUCUUUGCUUCGGGCAGUUAUCAAAUGGAUAUAGGGAAAAGCAUUUUUUCAAAUAUUUCUCAACCCUCUGUCAGCAGAUGCAUAAACGAUGUUACGCAAUUUUUCAAUACAAGAGAUAUUUUCCAGGAAUGGAUUCACUUUCCGCGAAAUUUCGAUGAAUUAAACACUGUUCGAGGAGGGUAAGAUUGUUAUAAGAAUAAUAAAAAAUUUCGAUAAUUUUUAUGUUUCAGGUUUUAUGAAAAAUACGGGUUCCCAGGAAUUGUGGGAUGUGUGGAUGGAACACACGUGGCUAUUUAUCCACCAAAUAUUGCUAAUGCUCUAUAUCCCGAAAAUGAUUACGUCAACAGGAAAAAUUACCAUUCGAUCAAUACUCAAUUGGUAAAAUGA